UCGCUCGUCGCUGGUCGCUGGGGCCUGCCCUACUGUACUCCCGCCGUCGCCCAGCGUAGUACCCCGUGCUGCACCGCCUGCUCUCCACACGAUAUGUGCGAUCGCCACGUCACGCCGCACAGCAGGGAGCGGAGCGGCGGAGAGUCGGCUAGGGUGGCGUAGCAGGAGCAAGUGACAUGUCUCUCCAAGCCACGCUGUUAGUGCCUCUAUCAGGAGUGAGGGUGCCAGAAUGCCCACACGGGGAGGGCUGCUGGGGCUUGGGUGGUGGUCCCCCUCGUCCUGUCUUCGGGGAAAUAUCAGACCAUGGACCUCGAGUUGGGACCGAUUCCAAGGCCAGAACUGGGACCAGGACGAGGCACAGAACCAGGAAAAUGACAUUGUUGUUAUCAUCGGGUCACAAUGCAGUGCGACAGAGCCACAUGGCAGUUCCAAGGACCCAAAACAAAUGGGACAUGCGACGUCCGAGUACCAAAGACCGAUGGGAACUGGUCUCAAAGGUGGUUGCUCUUCCUGGGAGUAGCUUGCACGAUGAACAACGACAUUACGAGCAUGGUUAUUAUAACAAGAAUAAAGUGCGAGUGCCCCGCGUACGCCGCCAAGGCUUUGUGCCCAGUUCUCUCUACUUCAUCAAGCGAAAAUUGGAGCUGCUGGGCGGCAAUGUGAACGUGGUGAAGUGUCUCUCCCACCUUCGAGGAGGGGCUAUUAACACACCUCACGCUUCCGAUUCCUCGUCACAGAUCCACUUGGACCACUCGGAAGGAAACGAUGAAGGAGUGUCUGCAGGGAAAGAGCUGUGGAGAGGGAGUCCCAGAUUUGGCAGUGCAAGAAAGCUUGCAGCUGCAUUUGGAACAUUCUUCAUGGACCAGUACUUGCCUAUCGUUUUGAUAUCGGCCAUCGUCCUUGGGUUCUUGUGGCCGGUGCCGGGCUCAUUGAUGCGACAGCUUGGUUUCUCAAACUACAUGGUCUUCGGGAUUUUCUUCAUUUCAGGGAUGACAUUACGGGCAGGGGAAGUGAAGACGGCGUUGGCAGCAUGGAAGGCCUGGGCUUACGGAAUGGUGGCAAUCCUAGCUCUCACACCACUUGCUGGCGCCCCUAUCCUUCGUCUCCCGGUAGUGCCCAAGGAGUUCUCUGCAGGCUUAGCUGUGUUCUGCUGUAUGCCAACCACACUUUCAAGUGGCGUCUCUCUCACCCAGGCGGCCGGUGCGAACACGGCAAUCGCGUUGGGGUUAACCGUUGCGUCCAACCUGUUAGGAAUAUUUACGGUACCAUUCACCUUGUCCGCAUUAUUGGGAAGUAGUGGGGACAUAUCCCUCUCUCCCAAACCUUUGCUCAUCAGUCUUCUGCAGACCAUUCUGUGCCCCCUUCUCAUGGGACUGAUGGUGCGUUCCUUCAUUCCAGGGGCUGCUCAGAAGAUUGAUGAGAGUAAGAGACAGUUGAGCAUCAUCACGUCGACCAUGCUCAGUGCUUCGCAAGACACGAUUAACAGUACCAUUGCCCGUUGGAUGGCUUUUAUCGACCAGUUUGACUUUUUCCCCGAUCACAUUCCCGGGAAGUCAAACCGUUUUGCGGACGCCCUCUCACGGCGACCGGAUCUUUGCACCGCAGUCUACUCUACCUUCGAGAUCGACGACGACUUGCGGGAGAGCUUCAUCCGCAGCUAUCAAGUCGAGCCCCACUUUCGCGACAAGUACGCGAAUUGCUCCUCUCCGAAUCCRGUGCCUUCGCAUUAUCGGAUCCAAGAGGGCUACUUACUUGUGCAUUCACGGGGUAAGGAUCUUCWUUGUGUGCCGAAUGAUUCACACUUGCGCACACGGCUUCUUGGCGAGUUUCACGAUGCGCCCGCCGCCGGACAUUUUGGUGUCAACCGUACACUUGGCCGACUUCGCCAGCGGUUCUAUUGGCCCGACCUUCUCAAGGACGCCACCCGCUAUUGUGAGUCGUGCGAAGUCUGUCGGCGUUGCAAGGCACGCAACCAUCAUCCGUUCGGUGAGCUACACCCAUUACCAGUGCCCCUUGGGCGACGGGAAGCAAUUGCUAUGGAUAUCAUCGGCCCCAUCCCAAAGCACAAGACCGGCGUUGAUGGGAUCCUCACGGUUGUCGACCGCCUCACCAAGUACGCCAUGUUUUUGCCUUGCCACUAUCACACAAAGGCACCGGAGCUAGCCGAGGUCUUAUACACCGGUUGGAUUCGCUCCAAGGGCUACCCCAAGGAGAUCGUUUGCGACCGGGACACUCGCUUUCUCUCCGACUUUUGGGCCGCCCUCGUCAAGCGAUGGGGCUCAUCUUUGAAGCCGAGUUCGGCUCGCCACCCGCAAACCGAUGGUCAAACGGAAAGGGCGCAUCAGACCACUCAAGUCCUUCUCCGCACUCUAAUCCGUCCCGACCAGGUUGAUUGGGUUGAGCGCUUGCCAGACUUUGAGUUGGCUUACAACUCAUCGAUCCACCCGGCUAUCGGGAUGUCGCCGUUCGAGUUUGAGCAUGGUUCACCCAUCUCAUCGCCACUGGACGGUACUUUGCCGCGCACAGCUGAGAGCGACGACCAUCUUGCGUUCCUUCGUCGCAUGCAAGAGCUUCUUGUCAAGGCACGGGAUCAGAUGUCGAAGACGCAAAUACGGAUGAGCCGUCAAGCCAACCGCAAUCGCCUUCCUUGCCCGUUCCGCGCCGGCGAUCUGGUUUGGGUCUCCGCAGCGGAGUUCAGCCUUGAGCAAGACAUCUCUCGCAAGCUCCUUCCCAAGUGGAUGGGGCCUUGGCGCAUUCUCUCUGCAGCUGGUGAUGAUCCCGAGGGGCCCUCAUUCCGCAUCGCGGUGYCACCUCACUUGCYCGUCCACACGGUGUGUCUGCAUCUGUUUUACUUGGCUUCAAAUACAUUUGCUGUGAGAUUUUUGAGACUGGGAAAGAUGGGGGCUUCAACAGCAAACUUUGGUGAUGAUGGGAAUUCAAAAUCCGACGAGGAGGAGGAGGACAACGAUGACGAGGCACAGAAGGGUAUCAGUCGUGCGGUCAUUCUCGUUGCGAGUCAGAAAACUUUGCCUGUCUCAGUCGCAGUUAUUGAUCAGCUGGGCGGUGUCCUGGGCCAAGCAGGACUGCUGGUCCUUCCAUGUGUCGCGGCCCACUUUCUCCAGGUGAUUUUGGACUCCAUUCUGGUCGGAUACUGGCUGCGGAGCGACAGAUCUUCAGGCUAGAGCAUCGUCCAGACUUCAACAAGAAAUCUCAUAAGACACCAUGAUGGGAAGACGUUGUCAUUCGCAUUUUGAAACAUCGAAACAAAAGUUAAGGGGUGCA